UUAAUGACUGAUAUUGGUGUAUGGUAAUCCCUUAGCUGGAUCACAUGACACAAUUACCUCAAGAAUCGAUCAAGAUGUAUUGCAGGUCUGCCUACGUUUCCAAUUUUUUCUCCCUGGCGGGGUCUCUCCACGCGCCUGUGGUGCUAUAGAUGGACAAAGUUUAACAGCCAAGCUGCCAAUUCCUCUCCUCUGCUGCAACGAGGAAACCGGGAAGAAGAGAUAUGACGGAAUACGACGAUCGCAGCUGUGCGUCAAAUAUGUAUUUACCGAGCUGUACUUAUUACGUUUCGACGCCAGAUUUUACAUCAGUCUCCUCCUUUUUACCGCAGACGUCUUCGUGUCAGAUUAAUUUCCCUUAUUCCCCAAACAUAGCCCAAGUCCAACCUGUCCGAGAAGUCGCGUUCAGGGAUUAUGGACUGGACCAUCCAAGCAAAUGGCACUACAGGGGCAAUUAUCCGUCCUACUACUCAACGGACGAGAUCAUGCAUCGGGACUUGAUCCAGUCCUCCAGCAACAGGGCGGACGUGCUAUUCAAAAACGAGUCUUUGUACGGUCACCACGGCGGGACGAGCUCGCCGUGCAAUUUCUUCAACGGCGUCGGCCGAAAUGGGGUUCUCCCCCAGGGCUUCGACCAGUUUUUGGACAAUCCUAACUCGGGCAAGCACGACGCGGAGCCCCCCAAACAAAAGACAGACUCUGCUGCUCCCACAGACGCUGCGAAUAACAAUCAGGCUUUAACCAAAGUGGAGCAGGACAAAGGUGCCCCGAGCGGGAGCGUCGACGAGGACUCGUCCUCCAACUGCGGUGACACGAACAACAACCAGCAGACUCCGUCAACCAAAUCCAGGAAGAAGAGGUGUCCUUAUACCAAAUACCAGAUCCGAGAACUUGAACGAGAGUUUUUCUUCAACGUGUAUAUUAACAAAGAAAAGCGGCUUCAGCUGUCCAGGAUGUUAAACCUGUCUGAUCGGCAGGUGAAGAUUUGGUUUCAGAACAGGAGGAUGAAAGAGAAAAAGCUGAACCGCGACCGUCUACAGUAUUUCACUGGGAAUCCUUUAUUCUGAUAUCUGACAUAGUUAUGCACACACACACACACACACACACACACACACGCUUAGGAGCUAUACACACAUGUUGUAAAAGACUGGUACGGCAUAUUUGAACCUUUGUCAUUCUUUUCAAACAUAUUUUGUAAACAUAAAUAUCGCAUUUGGAAAACAAAGAAGAUUCCAUAUUGUCUUUUUUCUGCAUUUAUUUAUUUGUGUUCACAUAUUUCGUGUUGUGUCGACAACACACAUCCCGGCAAUUUCCGUGGGAACUUUCCUUUCCAUGUUCACAUCAAAUAUAUACUUCUUCCUUGUGUAAUGUCCAUUUAUAAGACGCAUGUAUAUGCACAUUGUGGUGUGAAAUAAAGUCACGACGAACGGUGAAUAACGCAACUUGUCACAUGAACUUCACCAAGUCAUCAAACAUAACACGAGCAAAGGGGGGUUUUCCUCAAGAUUCAUCAAUGGGAAAAUGUGGCGCUUGCAGGCCUGUGUGUCUCGUUGUUUCCUCUGCUUUCAAACACUGGAUUGUUUACUAAACUUUGAACCGUCUAGACAGUAUAAUAAACCUAGCUGUAAAUGUCUAGAUUGGGGGCUAUUUGACUUUGGUGUCUCGACCCCCUGAUCACAAGAGCUCGGAUGCUCUUUGCAAAGCUAUCGACAUGUUUGGAGCAUUCAAGGGAUCUCUGCCCAUUUCACCCGCAGCCCCUUUGACUCUUAAGGUUCUGGCUGCGAUAAAAUGAAGGAUAUUUAAAAAAAAAGGACCGCCGUACAAAAGGAUAACUCAUUUCAGGUUUUAUCUUCUUUUCUUGGAUUCUCAAUACGCAAAAUGUAGUUUUGACGCUCUAAAGCUGCAGCAGAGAAACGUUUCUCUCUUUGUUCAGUUCCACUUUUAUUCCAGACUGCUUAAACAUUUUUGUAAUCAAAGGGACGGAGUACAUACGAGUAUUUAUUCCACACAGGCAGUCACAUUGUUGAGCAUUCACGUGAUUAUUUUCACUUUAACUCUUUGCAGUAACAAUCGCACCCCUUGUUUCUGUGUCUCCGAUGGAAAUUAAAAUAGUUGGAGAUUAACGUUUAUGCCAUUUGUGGUUCAUCACAUCUACGGUUAUUUCCCCAAAAGGCUACAGAGAUGCGGGGUUUCAUUACGCGUUUAAUUGGGUUGUCGUCGUGUCCUACAGUGAAAUUACUCUACCAACUGUGCAGAUAGUCACUGUGUAUCCACAUGAGGGCAGACUUGCAGCUCUGACUAUUGUAGAGACGCAGAAUUCAACCCAAAUUCAUCAUUCAACCUGCAUGGAAAUCGUUCAGUGGAGGAAUAAUCCGGUCCACGCCGUUUUUUUAAAAGUCAUUUUAGUUUUAAUUCCAACUGCAUUCAGUGGCCGGACAUUUGUUCAACCUAUUGUAGGCCAGUAUUUUUGAUUUGAUUUGUAGCGUCUAAAUUCACUUUUUGGGGGGUAUUAAAGCAUUCAGCAGUACAGUUUCUCGAAGAAAAAAUACCGUUAAUGGUAAUAUACAUUUCUAUCACUCAGUGCCCCGUUUAACUGAUCCAACUCCCUCGUCUUCCAGACGGCACAUUCAGGAGUCACGUUCAAGUGUUUCGAGAAUCUUUGUCACCUGAACAUCUUAAAGACGGACUUCGAUCUUUACCUGCGAUAGCAGAACUUUUCUGGUCAUUGGAAUAUGUCCCAGACUACAGAUAUUUGGGCAUUUUGGGGGGAUUGUUGAUGUGCUUCUCAGUUCCAUGUUGCAGCUGUAUUGUUUUAUUAUCGUAUAUCUGCUUCUUUCGGUUUGCUUUCAGUAUUACAGGAACUGCAAUAAAGGACGACUGAAUUCAUCGUGAUAAUGAUGAUAACCGGCUACACUUUUUAGUUGCAGUUGACAAAUGAAUAGAAUUCCUGGUAUUUGCCUUAAACUAUUUACUAUUAUUGGUUUUGUUAUGUUUUUUAUUGUUAUCGUAAUAGUAUUAUCGUUAAUAAUACCGGCAUCAUAACACGUUUUCCAAUCUUUUUUUUCGCUGUUAUGGUACUUGUGUUUAUUUUGUAUCAUAUUUGUUAUACGCACAGUUUUCUCCAAUGUUUGCAUUGCACGCUCCAGUGCCGCGCGUGCAAUGCAAACCUUUCAACGUUAUACUUGAAAAAAAAAUGCAUUAAUAGAAACAUGAUUUUAAAGUACAGGAAUGGUACCAGUGUUUUGUAUGUGAGGCUGCGUAUUUUGGUUUUCUUCCAUUAAAAUGACCGAACGGGUAUUCGGUGAUUCUA